ACCCCCAACAGUACAUGUUUGUUGUAGUCCUGGACAAACACACCCCCUUCAACUCAUUGAAGGCUUGAUGAUUGCUUGACAAGUUGAAUCAGGUGUGCUUGUCCGGGGUUACAAUGAAAAUGCGUACUGCUAGGGGUACUGGAGGACCGGAGUUGGGCUGUUUGGGGUACUGGAAGACCAGGGUUGGGAAACACUGGACUAGAGGAAGCACAGAUAGACUACAGACAGGACAUGAGGUGCCAUCUGAUUGACGUGUCCUAGGGGAUAAGUCUGAGACGUAAAUCCCCAGUGGAAAUGCACAGAAAGUGGACUAUCACUGACUUCCCUUAGGGCCCCGUUACAGGUGCGUAUCGUCGGAGGCAGGACGUACUAUGAGGGCCGUGUGGAGGUUCAGGUGGGGGCACGGUGGGGCACAGUGUGCUCUGCAGGCUGGACCACUAAAGAGGCCAUGGUUGUCUGCAGACAGCUAGGCCUGGGAUACUCCAUGCAUGCCAUCACUGUGAGUAAACACUGGGAUGAAGAAGAAAAGUAAAUACCACGGCUUGUUCCUACGAGCCAAAGUAUUCUACUCCCUUAUCACCAUACAGGGAUAUGUGGUUGUCUUACCUGACAGAGACUCACAUCUGAGUUAUCUUGUUGAAAGGUAAUACCGUCCAAGUAAAGAGAAACCGGCACACUGCUUUUUAUAGAAGAGAAACCGGCACACCGCUCUUUAUUCAAGCUAUGCUUCCAGCAAGAGCAGCGUGCAGGUUUCUCUUUUCUUUAAAAGCACAGAGUAGAAAGUCAAUAACUCUCUGAGUUAUAACUCUCUGAGUUAAGGUAUUCUACUGUACUGCCUUAUCAUAGCUGUAAGGUGUCUUUUAGUCAGAGGCUUGAGUUAUAACUCUCUGAGUUAAGGUAUUCUACUGUACUGCCUUAUCAUAGCUGUAAGGUGUCUUUUAGUCAGAGGCUGAGCAAGCUGCUUUUCAGAGGCAGAAUGAUGAGAUUUCAUGAGUCGCUUAUAAAUUGUUGAUCAUGCUCAAAUUUAAAUGUAUUUAUUUGCCAUAAAUUAGCAUGAAUGCUAACCUAAUUGACAUACUGUAUAUCACUCCUCACCUCUCCAACAUGCUAGCUGAUGUGUGGUGAGCAUUCUGGCACAAAUGAGUUGCAUCAGUCAGGUGGGUGCUACACAUUGGUGGUGGAUGAGUUGGAUGAGGAAGAGGUGAGUUUCCCCAUUACACAAGAAGAAGAAAAAAGGUUCUAUCUAGAACGGGGAUGGGCAACUCCAGUCCUUGGGGGGGGGGCAGAGUUUUGUCACAGUUUUUCCCAUCCCUAGCAAAACACAGAUGAUUAAACUAAUUACAUUCUAAACUGAAGAUCAUAAUUAGUUGAUUAUUGGAGUCAGGUGUGUUGGAUGGGGCAAAAAAGGGGACAAAAGUUGCCCAUCCUUGAUGUAGAACAUAAAAAGGGCUCUUUGGCUGUUGCCACGGGUGAACACAUUGAUGAAUCUAUUUCGGUUGCAGAUAGAACCCUUUUCACAGAGGGUUCUACGUUCAAGUCAAAGGGUUCUAACUGGAACCCCCCAAAAAAUGGUAAUUUGAAGGGUUCUUCCAUGGGGACACCUAAAGAACCCUUUUGGAAUUCUUUUUUUCUAAGUGUGUAAUGCGCUUUUGAGAUACUGGAAAAGCACUUUGUCAAUCAUAACCUCUUAAUGUCUGGGCUCUGUGUGUUUUUUUUUUAUCCUGCCCCCCCCCACCCACCCCGCCCCAUCUCUAAGGAAACAUGGUACUGGGACAGUAGUAAUGUCACAGAGAUGGUGAUGAGUGGAGUGAAGUGUACAGGGAGCGAGAUGUCUCUGAGCCACUGUCAGCAUCACAGAACCGUCAGCUGUCAGAAGACUGCUGCUAAGUUCUCUGCUGGCGUCAUCUGCUCAGAGACGGCGUCUGACCUGGUCCUGAAUGCUCCCCUGGUCCAGCAGUCCGUGUACAUUGAGGACCGCCCGCUCCACAUGUUGUACUGCGCAGCGGAGGAGAAUUGUCUGUCUAAGUCUGCCGCUAGUGCUAACUGGCCCUACGGACACCGCCGCCUGCUGCGGUUCUCCUCUCAGAUCCACAACAUCGGACGGGCCGACUUCAGGCCCAAGGCUGGACGCCACUCCUGGGUCUGGCACGCCUGUCACGGGCACUACCACAGUAUGGACAUCUUCACCCACUACGACCUGUUGUCAUCCAAUGGGACCAAGGUGGCUGAGGGACACAAGGCUUCCUUCUGUCUGGAGGACACAGAGUGUCACGAGGGUAUCUCUAAGAGGUAUGAGUGUGCUAACUUCGGAGAGCAGGGCAUCACCGUGGGGUGUUGGGACCUGUAUCGCCAUGACAUCGACUGCCAGUGGAUCGACAUCACCGACAUCAAACCAGGAAACUACAUCCUACAGAUUGUAAUCAAUCCAAACUUUGAAGUGGCGGAGAGUGACUUCACCAAUAACGCCAUGAAAUGCAACUGCAAGUACGACGGCCACCGGAUCUGGCUUCACAACUGCCAUAUGGGUGAUGCCUUCAGUGAGGAGGCAGAGAGGAAGUUUGAGAAAUACCCGGGACAGCUCAACAACCAGAUCUCAUAAUCUGCCUAGCAACACACCAAUCUCAUCAGACCCCCAUGUACAAACAAAAAGGGGGGGGGCUGAUGCGUCUAACCAUGUUCAACAAUGGGACAACCAAUCACAAAACCCUCCAUCACCUAUCUACCAACCAGAAACCCAAUUCAUUAUCAAAUCCCAAACCAACCAACCAAUCACAACCAACAUCAUUGAAUCACAAGCAACAUUCCCACAGGGCAGCAGUCAGCAGUGAUCUUAGACCAGGAUUCAAUCUGAACGCAUUUUGUCGACUAAGGCACCUUUUCAAAGGCAAUGUUUCCCGCAGAGACCGCAUUCACGGUAAACGCUCCGUAUGUCGGCUUCAAAUGACCUUUAAAAUGUCAAGCUCGCUCUACCGCUGAUCAGAUUGAAUCCAGGCCUUGACAGAAGGAGCCAUGUUAUACGGUGAAUCAUGUGUUGGUGUAUGUUACAUUUUGUCAUACAGUGAAUGUGUUGGUGUAUGUCAGUGUCAGUGUUAUUAUACUUGAAUACUUAGUGCUCUAAGAUUUUUUUUAACAAACUUAUUUUAGAUUUAUUUUUUUGUUCAAAUGUGAGUAUAUUAUGCUACAUUUUGUCACAGAAGAACAAGUCAUAUGAUAUCAUAACUAGUCUUAAUUCAUGUUUGACUGAUUGAUGUCUGACGUGCAACCUUUUCAUUCACGUUUUGUUAAAGUUGUAUUUUGUUGUUGUUGUUGUUGUCCAGUCUGUAGUCUUGAAAGGUGAUCCAGAGGUGUAUUCACUAGGAACCAAACAGAAGCAAACGAAACAGGUGGAAGGACUUACCUACAUUUGUCCAAUAUAAGCUCUUUGGUUUCGUUGCAAAACGUUUUCAGUUGUUUCGCUACGCUGUGCACUAAUGAAUACACCUCAGGAGAAGACGCUAGUCCUUAUUUCUGCUACAAGACAUCUUCAUAAUGACCUGAGGUAUCACAGGGAACCAUCCAACGUUGUUGCAUCACCAUGUAGUUGUCAUAGUUCACACGUGAAGAUCUGUUUAGAUAAAAUAUAUUCUAAAAUCCUCAAAUUCAAAUCUGGACCUUGAAGCCAGUUCCACUGCUUUUUUCAUUCUUCCCCUUUAAUCAGGGACUGAUUUAGACCUGGGACUACCAGGUGGGUGCAAUUAAUCAUCAGAAAACCUGUAGUACUCCGGACCCUAGGGUAAACGCAAUGUGUAAAGUGUUGGUCCCAUGUUUCAUGAGCUGAAAUAAAAGAUCCCAUAAAUGUUC